AUGGCCGCUUUACUGAUGCCACGCAGGAACAAAGGGAUGAGGACUCGACUGGGAUGCCUGUCUCACAAGUCCGACUCGUGUAGUGAUUUCACAGCUAUUCUUCCCGACAAACCCAACCGUGCUCUAAAGAGACUAUCCACAGAAGAAGCUACAAGGUGGGCAGAUUCCUUUGACGUGCUUCUCUCCCAUAAGUAUGGGGUGGCUGCGUUCCGCGCCUUCCUGAAGACGGAGUUCAGUGAAGAGAACCUGGAGUUCUGGUUGGCCUGUGAGGAGUUCAAGAAGACCAGGUCAACUGCAAAACUGGUCUCCAAGGCCCAUAGGAUCUUUGAAGAGUUUGUGGAUGUGCAGGCUCCACGGGAGGUAAACAUAGACUUCCAGACCCGAGAAGCCACAAGGAAGAACAUGCAAGAACCAUCCCUGACUUGCUUUGACCAAGCCCAGGGAAAAGUACACAGUCUCAUGGAGAAAGACUCUUACCCCCGGUUCCUGAGGUCCAAAAUGUACUUAGAUUUGUUGUCCCAAAGCCAGAGGCGGCUCAGUUAG